UUCAAAAAAAAAAUCUUGUUUUUGGAGUCCUUAACCAAUUCUAAACCGCUGGUUAUCGAAAUCAACGGUGCAUGAUCCCUCCAAUUUUAGGAAAUUACGUGGUCAUCACGUAAUCACCGCCUCGACAAGUCCGCUCAACCUAACCGUUUCUUCUUAAGAUCGCAAGAAUCGCUCCUUAAUUCCGUUGUAUAAUAUUUAUAUAUAAAGAAGAGCAAGCACCUCACUCACCAUCACACUACACUUCAUUUCUUCAUCAUCAUCAUCAUAAUGGCCAAGAUUAAGAUCGGUAUCAACGGUUUUGGAAGGAUCGGGCGUUUGGUGGCGAGAGUUGCUUUGCAGAGAGAUGAUGUUGAGCUUGUCGCUGUCAACGAUCCUUUUAUCACCACUGAUUACAUGACCUACAUGUUCAAAUAUGACACUGUUCAUGGGCAAUGGAAGCACGGAGAUAUCAAGGUCAAGGAUGAGAAGACUCUUCUUUUUGGUGACAAGCCAGUCGCUGUUUUUGGUGUCAGAAACCCAGAGGAGAUUCCAUGGGGCGCUGCUGGUGCUGAUUUUGUUGUUGAGUCCACUGGUGUUUUCACUGACAAGGACAAAGCUGCUGCUCAUUUGAAGGGUGGUGCAAAGAAGGUUAUUAUUUCUGCUCCUAGUAAGGAUGCUCCCAUGUUUGUUAUGGGUGUCAAUGAGAAGGAGUACAAGCCUGAUCUCAACAUUGUUUCCAAUGCCAGCUGCACUACCAACUGCCUUGCUCCUUUGGCCAAGGUCAUUCAUGACAAGUUUGGUAUUGUUGAGGGUCUUAUGACUACUGUCCACUCCAUUACUGCCACACAAAAGACUGUUGAUGGACCAUCAAUGAAGGAUUGGAGAGGUGGUAGAGCUGCUUCCUUCAAUAUCAUUCCCAGCAGCACUGGAGCUGCUAAGGCAGUAGGGAAAGUUUUGCCUGCACUCAAUGGAAAGUUGACUGGAAUGGCUUUCCGUGUUCCCACAGUUGAUGUCUCAGUGGUUGACCUCACUGUGAGAAUUGAGAAGAAGGCUACAUAUGACCAGAUCAAAGCAGCUAUCAAGGAGGAAUCUGAGACCAAUCUGAAGGGAAUCCUUGGUUACACUGAGGAUGAUGUUGUCUCAACCGACUUCAUGGGUGACAGCAGGUCAAGCAUAUUUGAUGCCAAGGCUGGAAUUGCAUUGAAUGAUAACUUUGUGAAGCUUGUCUCCUGGUAUGACAAUGAAUGGGGCUACAGCUCUCGCGUGAUUGACUUGAUCAUUCAUAUCGCCUCUGUGCAAUAAGCCGGCUCUGUAGUUCUGGCUGAUCUUGCGAUGGAGAGCCACCUCUUUUCGGCUUAGCAUGCAGUUUAAUAUGAGUCAGGGUUAGGAGAUUUUUGGGAAUAAUUAUAAUUGAACCAUGUUAUUUUUGGGACUGGUUAUAUACACCAUGCGGUCUCUUUCCAACUUUUUACUUUGAUGAUCAUGUUUCCUCUGUGUUUUCUCCCCUGAUGCAAACUGGGAAACUGCUACAAUUUUCUUAAUUCUACGAGUUAAUUUGGGUUUUGCUUA